GCGUGCCAUGGAGCUGACCCUGUGCAUCUUGAUAUCGUGGUCUCUUGCCCAUUCUCUCUGCGAAGACGGUUGAGCACAAGGAAUAUCUUGUCCAGUGCCUUGCCCCGAUGGCGCAAUCAUCGCGGACACACCGCCUGAGCGUCACAGCCAGCACACCACUGUACAUCACACAUUCGCCAUAUACAUAUCGAUUCUGGUUUCCUUGCUCUGUAUUCCUAGUUGCAACUACAACUGAGGCCUGAGAACAGAACAGUUGCCCACCAUGUGCAGAUUUAUGGUCUACAAAGGCAAAGAUGAUAUCCUUCUCUCGGAACUCAUUCUCAACCCUACCCACUCUAUCCUCACACAAUCCUUCGAUUCGCGUCUGCGACUAGACCGGCGCCGCCCACACAAUGGCGACGGCUUCGGCAUCGGCUACUACACCUCUCCCUCGCUCGGCCCCACGCCCUGCGUCUUCACGUCCACAAUCCCCGCGUGGAACUGCAUCAACCUCUCGCGCAUCGCCUCCAAAACGACCUCGUCCCUCAUCUUCGCCCAUGUGCGCGCCACAACUGAAGGCAACCUCAGCGACAGCAACUGCCACCCCUUCAGCUACAAAAGCAUCAUGUUCAUGCACAACGGCGGCAUCGGCGCCUGGCGCCAAAUUAAGCGCCGCUUCGCCCUCAGCCUCGCCGAGAAAUGGUUCAACGUCGUCGGCGGCUCCACAGACAGCGAGUGGGCAUUCGCCAUGUUCCUCGACUGCCUCGCCAACGCCGGUGUCUCGCCCGAUAAAGAGGUAGAGCCAGGCGUUGGCUUCGGACACACGGUGCUCAGGAAGGCGCUGCUCAAGACGAUUGAGAGGAUCAAUGCCUUGAUCAAGGAGGUUGUGGGCGAACAGGGGGUCGGCGAGGAGGAUAGUAGGAGUCUAUUGAAUUUCGCGGUCACGGAUGGCGUUAGCGUGGUUUGUUCGCGCUAUGUGAGUUCGACAAAGGAUGAGGCGGCGAGUCUGUUUUUUAGUAGUGGCACAAGUUGGAAGGAACUUGGUGGAGAUACUCCUCGUGGUGCUGCAGCGUCGGUCGGGAGCGAUGAUGGGAGUAGCACUGGCGGUGUGGAUGGCGAGGAUAGAGAGAGGAAUUAUGUCAUGGAGAGGAGGGACAAGGGGUCCGAUAUCGUGCUUGUGGCCAGUGAGCCCUUGACGUUUGAACGCGAUAAUUGGGUCACAGUCCCGACAAAUAGUACUCUGACUAUUUCCAAGCAGACCGUCAUGAUUCAUCCUAUUGUGGAUGAAUUCUACUCCCCGAACCCUGCGCAUGAGCGUAGUGCUCAUUUUGCCAAAGCCAAGGGCCAGACGGUUACGGGGAAGGCAUGAGAGUGGGGAUUUCUUUUUCAAGCUGCGCUUGAAUAGGGCCAUGAGGUGUUUAGAGUAUGAGGGGCGUUGAAUGUGGUGCUUUGGUUUCUAUGUUCCUUUUUUACUAUUAGGAUGGAUAGAUCUGGUGUUCUGGUUUCUUUUCAAGGAUAGUUUUAGUAGGGUUAGCUAUGUAUGUGACUUCUUUUCAUACGAAUCUAUUGGCAAGCCAGCCUGGAUAGACAAAAGACAAUAAGUGUAUUUUAACUCUAAACCAUAUCUUG